CGGACCAGCCAUGGUCGGGGCGGGCGAUCACUGCCCGUUCCUUGCCUCCGCCCUCGGGGAGGGGGAGGCCGGUGCCGGGGUGAGCACCGGGUGAUGGGGAAGAGGCGAGCGGAGCGCUGAGGUCCCGCGGGGCCGGAUGAACGGAGGGUUUGGCGCCGCGGCGCUGGCGGGGCUGGCGGAGGGGGCGAAGGAGGCGGUAGGGGCGGCCCCCGCUCCGGCUGCCCUGAGGGGAAGGAGCCCCCGACCAUGGAAAUCGAGAACAUCGUGGCCAACACGGUGCUGCUGAAAGCUCGAGAGGGCAAACGGAGUGGGCGUAGUAAAAAAUGGAGAGAGAUGCUGAAGUUGCCACCUGUUAGUCAUUGUGAAGGUAUUAGAUGCUCGAUCGAAAGAGACUAUAACCAGCUUUGUGACAAACAGCCAAUAGGAAGACUUCUCUUCAGACAGUUCUGUGAUUCCAGACCAGACUUGAAAAGAUGCAUUGAAUUUCUGGAUGCAGUGGCAGAAUAUGAGGUAUCUUCAGAUGAAAAGCGUAUAGACUGUGGCCUGAAGGUUUUGGAGACGUACUUCACUAAUGGGUCUGCAGCACACUUGCCAGAAAUACCUCAGGAAACAGUGAAUGAAUGUAGAGCAAGACUGGAAAAGAACCCUUCUAAGGAUCUUUUUAUGGACUGUACUAGAAUUGUCCAUGAGUACCUAAGUAGAAGACCUUUUGAAGCUUAUCAAGACAGUGUGUAUUUUUCCCGUUUUUUACAGUGGAAAUGGCUGGAAAAGCAACCAGUAACCAAACACACGUUUAGGCAUUACCGAGUACUAGGCAAAGGUGGAUUUGGAGAGGUGUGUGCCUGUCAAGUACGAGCAACAGGAAAGAUGUAUGCUUGUAAAAAGCUAGAAAAAAAGAGAAUAAAGAAGAGGAAAGGAGAAUCAAUGGCUCUAAAUGAAAAAAGAAUUCUAGAAAAAGUGAAUAGUAGGUUUGUAGUUAGUUUAUCCUAUACAUAUGAGACGAAAGAUGCCCUUUGUUUAGUAUUAACCAUAAUGAAUGGAGGGGAUUUGAAGUUUCAUAUAUAUAACAUGGGAAAUCCUGGUUUUGAUGAAGAAAGGGCCAUUUUCUAUGCUGCGGAACUGUGCUGUGGUCUGGAAGAUUUGCAGAAGGAGAGAAUUGUUUACAGAGACUUGAAGCCUGAGAAUAUACUCCUUGAUGACUGUGGACAUAUCAGAAUUUCAGAUCUUGGAUUAGCUGUACAGAUUCCAGAAGGAGAAACAGUCCGAGGACGGGUUGGGACUGUUGGUUACAUGGCUCCAGAAGUGCUCAAAAAUGAGAAAUAUACAUUCAGCCCGGAUUGGUGGGGUCUCGGAUGCUUGAUUUAUGAAAUGAUUGAAGGACAGUCUCCAUUCAGGAAGCAUAAAGAAAGAGUCAAACGGGAUGAGAUUGACCGGAGAGUAAAGGAAGACCAGGAAACAUAUUCAGACAAGUUCUCAGAGGAGGCAAAAUCCAUCUGCAGGAUGUUACUUGCUAAAAAUCCAGAGGAACGACUGGGUUGCACUGAAGGUGGAGCUGCUACUGUAAAGCAACAUCCUAUCUUCAAGAAUAUCAACUUCAAGAGGCUGGAAGCUAACAUGUUAGAACCUCCGUUCUUGCCAGAUCCACGUGCCGUAUAUUGCAAAGAUGUCCUGGACAUAGAGCAGUUCUCAACAGUAAAAGGAGUAAACCUGGAUACUACAGAUGAUGACUUCUAUUCCAAGUUUGUUACAGGCUGUGUCUCAAUCCCUUGGCAAAAUGAGAUGAUUGAAACAGGAUGCUUUGAAGAUAUCAAUGCAUAUGAAACUGAUGGUACUGUGUCACCGGAGAGAGAGAGGUCUCCUAAACCAAAGAGAGGCUUCUUUCACAGACUGUUUAGUGGAGAGGUCUGCUUUAAAUCCGAUUGCAGUGAUGAGGAGCAGGAGUCCUCCAGACUUUAAAUCAUUUUACUCUCAUCAGACAGGAUGAGCAAACUAUAAAUGUUUUAUAUCUCUGUAGCAAAGUGUAUUAUAUAUAUUUUUUAUCUGAGUUCAAGGAUUUUUGUACAUUUGUACUUCAUUUGUUUUAAGAUGUAUAUUUUCACUAAAGCUUAAUUGUACAAAAAGCAAUGAGUGCCAUUCGAGUGAGUGUUUCUGUAUGCAUUUCAUUUAUCUUGAUUAUUUUUUUUUCCAGUGGGAUGAAUCUAGAAAUACUACAAGGAUUUUAAAGCACAGAGAUAAUAUCUAUGGCUUUGAUGCAAAUUAGCUUUGUAUGCUCCUGGUUAAAGGCUUCUUGUUCAUCAGGAUCUUUAUUAGCAGUUUUCUGAACAGUAAAAUUGCUAUACUGAUAAAUUUCAUAGUUCCGGUGUUAGCCGGAAGCAUGGCAAUGCCAUUACCUAAUGGAUCUCUCAAACAACUACUAAGGAAAAAAGGAAUUCAGUGCACUGUAGCCAGCUAUUAUGGAUUACUCCUUACUAUCUGGCUAUGUUGAAUGUCUUUCUGUAUUUCUAUAUUUAGAGAAUUCUGAACAUUUAGCUUAAUCCUGUAACUGUAUUAGCCCAUUCUUCUCUUUUUAUACUCAUGUUGCACAUCCUCUCCAUACAGUUCAUUGGCAUGAACCAUGCAAGUAGACCUAUGCUAAAACUUUAUAACUAUAUUUUGAGUACUUCUUUGUCUUUACUGAAAGGUUUUCUUUUUACCUGUGGGGACACCUUUUAAUUGUUUUCUGUAAAUGAAAUUGUUUACAGCUCCAUGUAAGAUGUUGUAGUUUUAUAAUGGGUUAAAAAACAAAGCACGGGCUCUUCUUACUAACCUCUUCUCUGCUUAUUAUGUUGUAAUACAGUUUUGUAGGGUUGACAGCAACCAGAGCCACUGAGAGAAGGACAGGUAGGAUUAAGGAUCAAAUUUAAUUAUGUAAAUAACCUUUCCUUAUAACCUUUGAAAACUGAAACAUUAAAACCUGCAUUUAAUGAUAGCUUGAUGCAGAUGUGCAGCUGGUAUUGAAGUUUUCGUUACAAUUACCUGAUGUUCGUUAGUAAAAUAGUUCCCAGUUGCUUGAAAGCUUGUCAGUUUUCCAUUAUGCUGGACUCAAAGUAUGCCAGAGUUUCUUUUUAUUUUGUAAAACUUCUGUUAAAGCUGUUAAUCUGUGUAUGAGAGUUUAGGGAACAUAUUUCACCAAAAGUCUCUUUUGUUUUCAAAAUUUGAGUUAAGGACUCAAAUGGAAUGCUCUUAGAGUUAGACACAUGACUUCUGUUACAUAUUAUGUUCUGUAUUCAGAAGAACUGUCUCCACUGAGCAUGGAAUCUCUAGAGCACUAACCAGACCACAUAUGGUCCCUCUACCUCAAACAGAUUUCUGCUUGUGUUCGACAGACUUACUGAAAGAAACUUAAGCUGCUUCUGAGAAACUGAGAUACAUUUCAUACUUAAGCCUAUCACCAGGUUGUAAUUCACAGUAUUUUGUCCUUAGUGACAAAUGUUUAAAUGGAUUAGAAUUUGAAGAUGGUUGGAAAACCAGUGUGUUACAGAAUCCUACUGGGGCUGAGCUGGUGUCUUUCUGAAAUUGUUCCUCUUGUCUACUGUGACACAGAAAUGAGGAAUGAGACCCUUUUCCUGUUUUCAGUGUGAUUUUCCUGAUGUCUAAAACAGCACAGAGGACAGCAAAAUGACUGCUGUAGAAAGUACAAAGGGAAUAAUUGGCAGAGUGAGAGUUCAAAUGAAUUACUGGAAGGUAGUCUGAUGCAAUAGAGAAAGGAUGGGAGGCUUGACAGAAAGAGAAAUAUCUGAAAUAAGGGCGUUGGCUGGAACCAUUAAGUGUGAGACAAUGAGCUGGCAUGGUCUGACCUGACUCUGUGAUGUAACAGAAGAACUCUGAAAAGAUGGGAAUGGAGAACUAGGGAAGUAACAAAAGCGUUUUAGAAAUACUGACCUAGUUGGAGAAUUGAUCGUGUUUCUCUGAUUAAGGGGUUUAAUUUUUUAAGAUCUUCAGGUUUGCUGUUCUGAGGCAAAGGUGACCGUAUUAAAACUGGAUGUAUGGGUUGACAGUCUGCGUUUAAUGCCUACUUACAGCAACUUGAAAUUUGAGCAAGAAUACCAUAGAGACUAGCUGAGUGAUCUGUUUUUUUU